CGGACGGCGGCCGCUCCCCCUGCGCGCGCCGCCCGCCGGCCGCCAUGCCGCCCUCGACGGCGCUGCCGCUGCUGCUGCUGCUGCUGGCGGCCGGGGCCAGCGCCAAGGCACAGGAGACACAAGACUACUACGACGAAGAUUACUAUGGCGAGGGCUACGACUAUUAUUACAACGGCAACGGCAACGGCGCCACCGACCAGGCCACCGGUACGCCGGACGAUAGCGUAACACCGCCGGCUGACCCGGCCGACGGCCAGGGCCGCACUUCUUACAGCUACAACUACGAGAGCAGCAGGACCACCAGCGGCGACACCGCCACAGCCGGCGCACGGGACGACAGACUUCGUCAGGAGCAGGAGAGACGGCGCCAGGAGGCCGAGGCAAGAGCUCGUGCAGAGGCAGAGGCAAGAGCUCGCGCUGAGGCAGAGGCAAGAGCUCGUGCAGAGGCGGAGGCUAGAGCUCGUGCAGAGGCCGAGGCCAGGGCCCGUGAAGAAGCCGACGCCAGGGCCCGUGAAGAAGCUGAGGCAAGAGCCCGUGCGGAGGCCGAAGAACGAGCAAGGCAAGAGCAGGCGGCGGAAGAGGCCAGGCGACAGGCGGAGGAGGCAAGGCGACGAGAGGCGGAGGAGGCCAGGCGGCGAGAGGCGGAGGCGCGCGAGCAGGCGGAGCGGCAGCGUCUCGGUUUCGGCCGGGCGAGCGAGGGCGGCAGCGGGCAGGCCGGCCAGUUCCCAGGCGGCUGCUCAUUCGACGGCCAGUUUUACGCCGACGGCGCCGAGUUCUCCCUGGACGAGUGCGGCGAGUGCCGCUGCGAGAACGGCCGGCUCAACUGCGACUCGGGCCUGUGCGGCGGCGACCGGUGCGACGGCGUCCAGUGCGAGGAGAUCGAGUGCGACACGCAGCAGUACAUUCCGCUGGGCGAGUGCUGCCCGAUCUGUGCCGUGACGGACCUGGGCACCGGCCAGGGCCCUGGCACCGCUGCACGGGGACCGGGACCCCAGCCACCGGAUCUGCAGGGUGUCACCGGCGACCCCGGCCCCACCGGUCCGCCGGGCCAGCCGGGCACGCCGGGUACACCGGGCACCCCGGGCCAGCCGGGAGGGCCGGGACCCACGGCCGACCCGUCCAACUACAUCGCACAACUACAGGCGUCACUGGGAGGCGACAAGGGACCGGCCCAGCCGCUCUACCUACAGGCGCAGACCGGACCGGCCGGAGCCCGCGGCGCGCCCGGCCCUCCCGGCCCGUCGGGACCGCAAGGUUUCCAAGGAGUGCGAGGAGAGCCAGGUGAUCCAGGACCUCCGGGCCCCGUCGGCAGCCCAGGACCCAGAGGCGUGCCCGGUAUUCCCGGAAAAGAUGGUGAGAACGGCGAGGACGGUUCUCCGGGCCCUGCGGGCGCCCAGGGCCCCACUGGGCCCCGCGGCCUUCCCGGGAUGCCUGGAAUGCCGGGACCCAAGGGCCACCGCGGCUUCCCCGGCACGGACGGCGCCAAGGGCGAGAUCGGUCUGCCCGGGGAAAAGGGUGGCAUCGGACCGGCCGGCCGGCCAGGGGAGCCAGGACCACUGGGUCCCGCUGGUCCCCGCGGAGAGCGAGGCAGGGACGGACCACCCGGUCCGGCCGGUCUCCGCGGCAUUGACGGCAUCGCUGGACCGCCUGGUCCACCGGGCGCAGCCGGCAAGUCGGGUCCUCCCGGCUUCCCCGGUAGUCCUGGAGCUAAGGGAGACCGCGGCGCCGAGGGACCCAAGGGCAGCGUGGGACUCCAGGGACCUCGCGGUGAGGCCGGCGCGCCCGGUCUUCCCGGCGAACAGGGCGCUCCUGGUAGGCCCGGAAAGGACGGAGCCGAUGGCGAGAAGGGCAGCUUCGGAGCCCCCGGACCGAUGGGCCCGCCAGGCUUCGCCGGCCCUCGCGGCCCGCCGGGUAACUCCGGCAGUCCCGGCCUGCCCGGACAGAAGGGAGAACAGGGUCUCACCGGCUCUCGCGGCCUGAAGGGCUCCGUAGGCUCCAAGGGCGACUCCGGAGAGAUGGGAGCCCGCGGCGCGCCGGGCCCGCCCGGAUCGGACGGCCGACGCGGCCGGCGGGGUCUGCGGGGUCCGCCGGGUCUGCUGGGCCCUCAGGGCGAGCGCGGCCCGCCCGGCUCGCGCGGCCUGCCCGGUGCUGACGGCCCGCCCGGUCUGAAGGGUUCCGUGGGCGACCGUGGACAGCCGGGCGCCAUGGGACAGAAGGGCUCGACUGGAGACACCGGAAGACCGGGACCGCCCGGACUGGUGGGCGAGCGAGGUCUGCAGGGCCGCACCGGCAGUCCCGGCCGUCCGGGCCGCACGGGAGACCGUGGUCUGCCCGGAGCUGACGGCAAGAACGGAGAGAUGGGCGCCACCGGAGCGCCGGGUCUUCCCGGACCCGUGGGACCCAUCGGAGCUCAGGGUCGACCGGGAGAAUCAGGCAAGGACGGCAAGCCUGGCGAAGCCGGUCCUCCGGGACCACGUGGCGACGCUGGCCGUGACGGACCAAUGGGACCAAUUGGACCGCCUGGACCACCGGGGUCGGCCGGCGCCCGCGGUCCCGUCGGACAGACCGGUGCCCGCGGCUUCCAGGGACCUCCUGGAACUCCGGGUAGCCCGGGUAACCCCGGCAAGGACGGCGAGACUGGUCUGCAGGGCCCCACCGGACCGCCCGGAGAGAGCGGUCCCCGCGGCGCCCGCGGCUUCCGAGGUGAGCGCGGCGCCAUGGGUCCUCCCGGAGAGGCUGGCCAGCGCGGCGAGCAGGGCGCCAUCGGUCCCGAUGGACCGCCCGGCCCCAUCGGACCCACCGGAGAAAAGGGCCACCGAGGAGCGCCCGGACUUGUGGGUCUGCCCGGCAGGCGCGGUCUGCAAGGCCAAGCUGGCCCCAAGGGCGAGAUCGGCUCUCAGGGCAAGAUAGGACCGGAGGGCCCCGCCGGCCGGCCGGGCCCGCAGGGUCUCCAGGGAGAGAUGGGUCCCAUGGGCCCGCCGGGACAGUCCGGAGAGCGUGGAGAACCGGGCUCCCCGGGACCCCCUGGAGAGAUCGGCAAACCGGGUCUGCUGGGCGCGCGCGGUCCGCCCGGCCCGCAGGGUCUGCGUGGCUUCCCCGGUCAGCAGGGCAUCACUGGAUCGACCGGCCCAAAGGGACAGCAGGGCCUGCCUGGACAGAAGGGAGCUCAGGGAAACCCGGGAACCGAAGGAAAGCCUGGUCCGGUGGGCGCUCCGGGCCCUUUGGGUCUCACGGGAGCCAAGGGCUCUCGCGGAGACCCGGGACCGGUGGGCCCCUCCGGCUCGGCGGGGCCCCCUGGCCGGCCGGGCGAGCAGGGCCCACAGGGCCUCCAGGGCGCCACCGGCCAGCCGGGUCUGGCCGGCCUGCCGGGCAUCAAGGGCGCGCAGGGCGACAUCGGCCGGCCGGGCAUGCCGGGCGCCGCCGGCAACCCGGGCAGCCCCGGACCGGAGGGCGUCAAGGGCAGCUCUGGCUCUCCGGGCCUGCCAGGCCUGAUCGGACCCGUCGGCCCUCCGGGAGCCGCCGGCGAACGGGGCCUUCCGGGUCUCCCCGGAGGCCCGGGGCCCAAGGGACCGCAGGGACAGCGCGGAUCACCGGGAGAGCCGGGAGAGGUGGGAUCUCGCGGCCUGGAGGGCCCUCAGGGCCAGCCGGGUCUGCGGGGCCCGCCCGGAAACCCGGGUCCGGCCGGAGAGCAGGGCCCCAUCGGUCCCGAGGGCAAGGUCGGCGCGCCGGGCAUCAGCGGCCGUCCUGGAGACAAGGGACCGCCGGGAGACGCCGGGCAGCCGGGCAUCGCAGGACCGCCCGGCCUCCAGGGCGCCCCGGGUCCGGUCGGCCCGCCGGGUCCCACCGGCGAGCGGGGCGAGCGUGGCGAGCCCGGUAUCCAGGGCGUGGAAGGCCCCACCGGCGAGCGCGGCAAACAGGGCCCGCCCGGCCUGCAGGGGCCCCGCGGAGAGCGAGGCCCCGAGGGCGGCAAGGGAGACAAGGGCCACCGCGGUCUGCUCGGUCUGCAGGGACUGCCAGGCCCGGGCGGUCCUCCUGGAGAGAAGGGUCCGCCGGGUACCCCGGGUCGGCCGGGCAACCCCGGCGAGCAGGGCAUGAAGGGCCCGCCCGGCAUGGACGGCGUGGCCGGUCCACAGGGCAUCGCCGGCCCGCCGGGCCCGCGCGGCCCCGCCGGUGACUCGGGCCGGCCCGGCCAGCCGGGAGCGCCCGGACCCGCCGGCCCGCCCGGUCCCCCCGGAGAGUCCGUCGGAUUCGACGUGGCCGCUCUGCAGGCGUUCAUGCAGCCGUCAUCGAAGGGUCCGGACCCGCUCAACAGCGACGAGCCGGCACGACUCGGCAAGGAUCUGACCGACGACGAGCGUAAGGAGAUUGUCCUGAUGGCCUACAACCAGCUGCAGGACAAGUUCAAGACGCUGAUGAAGCCAGACGGCAGCGCCGACGCUCCUGCCAAGACGUGCCGCGACCUGGCCGCCGCCUACCCGGACAAGGAGAACGGCGACUACUGGAUCGAUCCGAACGGCAGCGACAAGAAGGACGCCAUCUUUGUCUACUGCGACAUCGGCCGGCGGAUGACGUGCAUCAACCCGAACCCGCCGGCCACGGGAGAGAUGGCCGCCUCCAAACGCAGCCGCGAGCACCAGUGGUUCUCCGAGGACAUCGACGGAGGAUUCGAGUUCUCGUAUAAGGCGGACCGGAACCAGAUCGGUUUCCUGCAGCUGUUGUCGACACACGCCGAGCAGAACAUCACCUAUCACUGCCUGAACCACGUGGCCGUGUACAACGCCCAGAGGCAGACGUACCGCGGCAGUCUGCGUCUCAUGAGCUGGAACGACCAGGAGAUCUACGCGCGAGGCCGUAACCGAUACAACGUCAUCGACGACGGCUGUCAGUCCUCGCCGUCGUACUGGGGCCAGACGGCCAUCCAGGUGGAGACUAAGCGCACUCAGCGCCUGCCUCUGACCGACAUCGGCCUGCGCUCGAUCGGCCGGCCCGACCAGAAGUUCAAGAUAGAGCUGGGCCCGGCCUGCUUCUAUUAGAGGCCGGCGAGAUGGGAACCAACACUGCCACACGGACGAGAGAGGAAGUUACGUGUCCGGCCUCCUCCGUCCCAGGAGAUAGCGUUAGCAGCAGCAGCAGCAGCAGCAGCGGGAGAGGAGGUCGAGGAGGAGAAGGAGGAACUAAUAGAAAUUAUAAAAAUAAACAAAAGAUAAAAAGGAGAAGCAGGAUAUUUAGAAGUCAGGAGAAAAGACCACAGCGGAGGAGCAGGAGUCUGAGAUCAGAGGACUCUGUUAGAACAGAGAGCCGCAGUGCGGCGCGGAGGAGAGACCGACCUGGGCAGGGAGGUGACCAGUGACGAUUUGUGAUGUGAUGACGUGCCGGAGGACAGGAGGACAGGGAGGGGGAGCGCGGUGUGUCGGUCGGGCCGCCGGACCGCCGGGCGGCGCCCACUGUCCGGCCCGGAGUGGAGUGGAGUGGAGUUGGUCUGGAGUAGAGUGGAGUGGCUAACUCCAGCCGCGGCGCGCUGGCCGGGAGUGGAGCUGCAGGGCUCCAGCCGCAGCGCGCCGGCCCGGGGAGUGUGACCGGUGCAGUGGGCGCCGUCCGGCGGCUGACCGAUCCGGCCCCCACCGCCUCCAUGUGAUGGCCUCGAGAGAACGAGAGACAGUCGGCCGAGACAUCUAGGCUCUAAGUAUUUUUAUAUGUCUGUGACGUAGAUAGUCCUAGGUUAAGGAGCAGUACUUGUGCAAUAAUAUUAUUCUUUGUGCUUGAGCUUGCGUGAUUUGCUUAUAUGUGGUGUACGCGUACUUUAAGUCCCCUGUGAUGUGUUCUGCAGCCCACCUGACGAUCGUAAUUAAGUAAUUAAGGAAUAUACAUGCGAUGUUUGC